AUGGGCGUCGGGCACGCGUUCGUCCUGGAGAUGCAGGGUCACAAGUACACCGCUCAUGAUGAGUCGGUCAAGUGCAGCUUGGAGCAACAUGGCGUGUGGAUCAAUAGCCUUAUGUUUGUGCGUAAGCUUAUUCGGUGGCUGUGUACCAGGGAAGCCUAA